GGUGCUUUUCGCGUCGAGAUAAAUUCGCGCCGGUUGGACCAAGGCUUUGUUGUUUUUCACGUGCAAAUUAACAUUAUAACAAUUGACGGUGAAUGGUUACGAGUGAUUACUGUAAUUAGCUCGCGAAUACCGCACUUAUGUGCGUUGAUUGUUCCAGAGAUUUUCCGUAUUGUACUGAUAUAAACAUGUUUCAAGAUGCCGCAAACAGUGCCCUCAGCAGGCUUUACGCCACCGUGUGAUUACAGCAACUUCGCGGAAAAUUUCGACCUCUCCCUCUUGCCAGGCGGUGACCAACCAGUCUCACCCUCGACACAAUUCUACGCUCAAUCUCCUCCACUCUCAGAAAAGCAAAUUGCUCAGAUCAAAAUAUUCACCUCCUACCAUUCGGAAUCAUCUGCCGAGGACAAUAAAACCGAGAUAGAGCUGGGUCCUGACUUUAGCAGUCUACUUGCCGAAGAGAACAAUAGCAAGAAAUAUUCGAAUAUAUACUUGGAGGUGCCGAACUCCAGGAGUUAUCCCGGAUCGCCCAGCCAGCAAAGCACAGGGCUGCUGUCUCCGAACGAUCAGUUUACAAGUUACAGGACUGGGGAGAAUAACUUUUACCCCAGUAGUCCUGAACAGUCUUUGUAUACAGCUUCACCAGGUUCUGUAUACUCCACGUCACCUUGUAGAGAAGACUACCUGCAAAUAAAAACGGAAUAUUCGAAUUCAACAUCACCACUGCCUGACUUUUCCCCAUUCAAAAUCAAAGAAGAGGCUAAUAUUUACCCAACAAGUCCUAGUUCUUAUUGCUCAGCUUCGCCUGAGCAUCAGGAAAACGUCCUGGACUUAUUGGACACCAACACCUUAGAAGCACAGAUCAAGCAAGAAAGAACGGUGGAUUUCACAGAUAUUCUUCAAGGUUUCCAGGAUACUGACACUCUAAGACAGCUUUUGGAGGAGGAUAUAAAGGAAGCGAAGUCAGAAAAACCCAAAGACCAUCAAUUGCUUAGAGAGGUACUCAAAGAUACCAGUUUCCAAAAGAAGUUUAAUAUAAAGCCCUUCGAUUUUGGGUUUCUGGAGGGUGAAAUAAAAAUGGAGGAACAAGAGGGGGAACAGAGUGAUUUGUACAGCGCCAGCGAUAAUAUCGAACCGGUGCUGAAUCUGGCUAUCGAGCAAAUGAGGAAAGAUGUUGACAAUACCUGCGCGACCUUAGGAAUAUCCACAGAUCCUGCACAGUGGGACAAUUCCAGUGUGUUAUCCUGGAUCAGAUGGACGUCGAGGCAAUUCAAUCUUCCAGAACCAUCAGCAGAGCAAUGGGACAUGCAUGGAUCGAGUCUAGUCACACUUGCAGAAGAAGAUUUUGCCAGGAGAGCUCCACAGGCUGGAAUGAUUCUACAUGCGCAACUAGAAAUAUGGAAGGCAGCAUAUUCCGAAGAGCAACUUGGAGGCAACUGGAGACCUGAAACGACAUCAAGCAACGCAUCUAGUGGAGACGUUUCGGAAGAUGAAGAAGAAGAUAUUGCCCCACAACCGUCCCCAGAAGCUGCAACUAAGCCCUCAACUUCCACAGCGAGGACUGGCUCUCAUAUCCACCUCUGGCAGUUCCUCAAGGAACUGCUUGCAUCCCCUCAAACUUACGGUGUAUGCAUAAGAUGGUUGGAUAGGUCCAAAGGUAUCUUCAAAAUUGAAGACUCGGUGAAAGUGGCCAGGCUGUGGGGAAAGAGGAAAAACAGGCCUGCGAUGAACUACGAUAAACUUAGCAGGAUCGAUCCGACAAUAUUACAAGAAAGGGAUCAUGAAGAAAACGGAAAGGUCACAGAGGCUGGUUUACCAGUUCUGCCACCCAUACUGUCUGUAAAAAGCCGAAAGAUCCAAUUGUAACAGAAAAAGAUGAUUGGUUGACUACGCUUCAGCAUAUUCGUCAAACUAAACAGUCAGAUGACUAUACUGUCGCCAAAGUGUUACAAAUCAUAUUUUUCUCUUCGUGGACUUGGUGAGUUAUUACUUUCUGUUAAACAACAGAAAGAAAUAGUUUGCCAGAUAAUAGGGGUGAAGAUGUCGUGGUGCUGGUACAUAUAAACAAUAAGACAGGAUACUGUCUAGGGAAGGUGCACGCAGGGUAUUACUGCGGCACCAGAGUUAUGCUGUAUAAGCAUAAGCUAAUAUUUUGAUAUUACGUUGAAAAGGAAGGUAAUUUCCAAGUCGUUUUUAAGAUGUUUAGGCUUGGUUUGUGUAUCUCUUCCAAAAUCACCCGCGUUUGGAAGUUGUUAUACCCAAACAAAGUCUUGAAAAUAUUUGCCGAUCAGUAGAAACCCUUGAAUGGAGCUAGCUCUUAAUGCUUCUUAAGACGAUUCAUCUGCAGCUCAGGUCAGAAGCCUUGGAAGCUCGAUGUUUUCAUGUCGAAGUAAAAUGAUGCAAAUCUCCUUAUUGAGGUGGUUUCGAACACUCGGUGAUUUCUGGUCCCAUAUAUCUAUGAUAUAUCAUUUAAGUAAGUUCUGUGAACGACUUAUAUACCGUUUAAGUUAUUAUAAGGGUCAAAGUUUAAGCGUAGUCGAAAAUAGUGAAGAACGAUAUAAUGUUCUAUUGACAAAGAUUUAUGAAUGUAUAAUUUAUUAAUCUCAUAAGUGUAUUAUUAUUGCGCGUAGUUUGAUAAUCAUAUUUUGUUAUGUUAUUUAUGUCAUAUUUAUUUAUAAUAUUAAUCGUGCAUUAUAAAAUGAGCAAUAAUAAGUUUGUAAUAAAUAUGGCAAUAUAUUUUAUGAAAUAUGCUCGAAA